AUGACUGACUCCAAAGUCUCCAACUUUCUCCAACUUAAAGGAAGCACGGAGGAGGCCCUGUACAAGGAAAUUGAUCGAGUCGACUGCUCACCCUUUGCAGACGAGGUGGAACGAGAUGCACCGCCGAAGCGGUUCACAACGUCAUCCAUCACUCCGUUCAAGGGAGACUCCGACCCUGAGAGCCAUUUGAGGCACUUCAAGAGUGCCAUGAUCCUCUCAAGACUGGUUCCACACUCUACCGUCCGCGUCGAUAGGCAACUUCAAGGAGUUCGCCCUCAUCUUCACAAAGGAGUACACCUCCUACAAGACCACUUGUUCAACCUGCGCAAGAAACCAGACGAGUCUCUUCGAGACUAUCGCAGACGAUUCAAGGCUGGGAAGGCGAACAUCAUAGGAUGCAAUGACCAAGUUGUGUCCUCAGCUUUCAAGAAAGGCUUGCCAACCGAACACGAGCUAUACAGCAAGCUGGCCAUAACUCCAAGCCAAACCUUGGCAGAGGUCUUUGCGACGGCAGAGCGCUACACACUUUGGGACGAUGACCGUAUCGAGGCGAAGAAGGCCAGCAAGCAAGCUGAUCACCCGACAGGGCAGGCAUGCCAAAAGAACAACAAGUUCGAACACAAAGCCCGAGACAAGCGCAGAUCGCGCCCCCAAGAGGGAGGCUCGAAAAUAGAAACCUUCACUGAGUUCACUAUCUCGAUCCACCAGAUCCUGGCACAAGUGAAGGACAAGCCAUGGGUGAGAAUGCCACCACCCCUGAUAGGAGACCCAUCUAGGAGGGACACUAGUAACUACUGCGCAUUCCAUGGGGAACAUGGUCAUUACAACAGCAACUGCAAUGCUUGGAAAAGGCACCUCGAGGAGCUGGUCAGAGACAGCCACUGCACAGAAUUCGUCGCAAAGAAGGCCAUCCAGCAAAUCGAGGAUCGCGAUGCAGCUGCCAAGGAACCUUCCCAAAAGGUCAAACGAAUCAACACCAUUCUAGCUGAUUCCCAGGAGUCUAGGCUGACCACCAAGGAGCAUACACCCGUCAUCGGCUUUCAGAAGAAGGACUUGAUCGGGCUUGAUCUACCACAUAAUGACACCCUAGUAAUCUGCAUCCAAAUUGAACAAGCUGUGAUCGAGCGAGUUCACGUGGACGAGGGCAGCGCAGCCAAUAUCCUGCAACUAUCUGUUAUCCAACAGAUGGGAUUGGAGCCCAAGAUCAGCAAACUUGCCAGAUCGCUCACCAGCUUCAAUGGGGCCACGUCAAUCACUGUUGGGACAAUCGACCUUGACGUCCACUCACCCUCGGUGGUCUGCUCGCAAACCUUCAUGGUCAUCGACGAGAUCUCUCCCUACAACGGAAUCUUAGGCAGAUCGUGGAUCAACAAGAUCGAACCCAUCACAUCUGCUCUACACCAGAAGAUUCGCUACCCCAUCCUUGGUAGCUGGAUCGGGCAGAUCAACAGUGACCAAGCCAUGGCAAGGAGAUGCACAGCCCAAGGGCUCAAGAAGAGCAGGAAGUUGCAGUUCACACCAGUAAUGCAAGCUACUGACGUGGCAGGAAACACGCCCAGUAGACAAGCAAGCCCGAAUGGGAAGGGAGUUGCUACCUCACAAUAG